AGUUGGAAAUAUGCAUUGGCAUCAUUAAUGAAUCCAUGGACGAGGAGAUCCGCUGGAAGGAGGCAAUGAAUGGGAGAUCAAUAAUGCUAGACCUGCUUCUGUCGACGGAUGUGACAAAGGAUCAGUGUAAAGAACUGAGUAACUACUUCAACUCCAUCUGUUGUUCAGUGCAGCAACCCCAUCCGCAGCAACCUAAUGCACCACCACAACAAGAGAUGGUCCAGCCUACUGGUCAUAUUGAUUUUGAUAACUUAAAUCUUGAAGACCUCUUGAACUGCUUUGGUUAUAAUGAAGAAGAGAAAGUUUACAUUGAGGCACCGCCUACCCCGUAUGAUCAUAUAUGGGAUUACGUGGAUCAAGAAGGUGAUGGUGGCCUUGUGAACCUGAUGGCAACUCUGAAGACCAAUAGUCUCAGCACCUUCUUUUUCACCUCAGAAACUUUAAACUCUUCUUGUUGAUUGAUGCAGCACUUACUAUGGACGCAUUGUGUUCAGGAGAUUGUUACGUAAACUUAUUAGGCCGGUAACGCUAUUUCCUCUGCCGUUAAAGUGUUGC